CCUUAUAUAUAGAGGAUGUGUUACUGUCCAUACAGUCUUUGUAGAUCUACUUGGAGUUUAAGUUUUAACUUAGUGUUGAGUUUGCCUUAGAGGAUGUUUAUAUGGAUUUUUUAAGAGCUAAAAUGUCGUUAUCAAGCUUAAUCCUAGUGACUGCGUUGUCCAUGGUCACCGCUGACUUCUACAGCUCCAAAUACGAUGACUUCGACAUCAAGCCGCUGCUGGAGAAUGAUAGGAUCCUGCUGAGUUACACCAAGUGCUUCCUCGAUCAGGGACCUUGUACUCCCGACGCUAAGGAUUUUAAAAAAGUGAUUCCCGAAGCGCUAGAGACGAUAUGCGGCAAAUGCUCUCCAAAACAAAAGCAGCUGAUCAGGCAAGUCAUCAAAGCUAUCAUGGAUCGGCACCCAGACUCUUGGAAGGCGCUUACGGCAAAAUUUGACCCGGAAAACAAGCACAAGGAGGAUUUUGAUAAAUUUCUGGCUGAGAGUAGGAAAUAAAUAUUAGAGAUUA